AUGGAGAUUCAAGAAUUAAUUGAUAAGUUUCAAACAGCUCAGGUCCUCAAGUCGGAUCUGACAACCAAGUCUGCCAUUCUUCUUGGCAAAAUCGAUGGGGAAAAUGCCAUUGUCACGUUGGAGAAAUCGCCUUUCAACUUUGAAGAAGAACCUGUUCAUCUCUCUGCGACGUUGGAGUCUUUCAAGCUCAUCAACCAAAACGACAUUUACUACUGGUCGACAGCCAACUUGAACCAGGCCAAGGCUGCUGGAGCAAAAAUCACGGUGAUUUAUCCUGCGACAGAGACGCACAUCCGCAAAUACUCGGAACAAAAGUACCAUCUUAUCAAUGAAUCUCCCGAGGUGUAUCAGCUGAAGGUCAAACCUUUCAUUGAGACCCAGAGAGGCGACCGGAUCCAGUGGGUCUACAACAUUUUGUUCCAUGGGAAAGAGGCGGAAAGUGUCUUGUACCACGAUAAGGAUCCCGAGCAUGGUUUCGUACUUCUUCCAGACAUGAAAUGGGACGGAGAAAACAUGGCUGCUUUGUAUUUAGUGGCCAUCGUCAACAGAAUGGACAUUGCUAGUGUUCGGGAUUUGAACAGUUCGCAUGUGCCUUUUCUUGAAAAAUUGCAAUCGACCAUCAAAAAGAUCACUGGCGAAAAGUACGGUCUUGCCGAAGAUGAGCUUCGCAUAUUUAUUCAUUAUCAGCCCUCUUACUACCACUUCCACAUCCAUGUGGUUAACGUGGCUCAUGCGGGCUUGGGUCAGGGAAUCAACAUUGGUAAGGCGAUCUUGUUGGACGAUGUGAUUGAGAACAUUCGCUUGGUGCCCGACUACUAUCAGAAACGAACAUUGCACUACGUUUUGGGCGAGAACCACGGUCUUUGGAGCUUGCUCAAACAGUGA